ACUUGUAUUGUGGAAAGUACUUUGUCUAUUUAUAGUAACGUCUGUAUCUUGUCUGUAGUUCAGGUGGUCGUCUCGUGAUUGUCCUUAUUUAGUCUUGUUUGUGUCUUAUAUGUAAAUUAGGGUGUGAAAGUGUGAAAAAGCGUGCAAGAGUGAGAGAACGUUAGAUAAAACUCCAUAACUCGCGCGAAUCAUCGCAGUUGCCAUUUAACCGUUGGCUGAGACAUAUCCUCCGGGGUCCAGCAACUACUACCUUACGAUGUAUUAUACGACGUGACACUAUUUCACCAGACUGCUGAAGUCUUGGAAGGUAUAUAUACUAUACAGAAUUCGUAUUUACCGUGUAAUAGAUAUUUAUUGAAUAUCAACAUUAAGCACGUAUUCGUAUACACGUAGUAUUAGCCGGUAUAUAUUGAUAUAUACCGUAUAUACAUUGUACUUAGUCCGGCUGUUUUUAUGUUUCAGGGGUUUUUAUGUUUGUACGUCUGGAAAUGUCUCCGGUUACUAAAUAAAUAAAGAACCAGCAGGAAUUUGGGAGUUUGUUAUUAUGUCCCGCAUUUUCUUCCUGUGACAUUUGGCGCCCAUGUAGGGACCGGAGUUCGACGACGAUACCCCAGUGUUUUGGAAAAUGGUUCCCGACGAUAUAAAACAACCAUGUAGCUACGUUUUGUAGUCCUCAUAUUGUCGAACACAGGAAUUUUGUCAACAAGGUAUAUUUUCAACUUUAAUUCUACGACCAGGCCGUCGUGUGUAAACUGCCAUGGAUAGGAUAUUUCUACACGUGUAUACCGUACGGAAUUCAAGCACAUGUGCGACAGCGUCAGGAUUCGUCUUAAAGCGUCUCGGCGACUAGGAACUCUCAUCAACCGGAAGGAGAACUGUGAACGUAUAGACAGUAAAUUUCAUACGAACUCUUUGUUUUGUGAAACUAUUGUAUAUUUCAUAGAAUUGCCGGAUGGUAUCACAAGCAAAGUGUUGAGAUGGCUACGGAACAGACACAGGCCCAGGAUGGUGCAGUGGCUGUAGAUCCUGAGCUGGAGGUGAGUAGGAUGAUUGAUGCUUUGUCAAAGCUCAGGUAUAGAGUUGUGACAGAGGAAGAGUAUAAAAGUUUGGCAUCUAAGAAGCUAGAGUUCAACCCUCCUGGUGAUAAAACCAGUACGCCAAAGCCUAUAGUCAGGGAUCGGAUAGGUAGAGGUAGGGCUAGGUCACUAGAUUAUACUUUGAAGGAUUUCAAGGAGGAACCUCGUAGUGUAGGUAUAACUAGAUCGACCCUCAGUACGGGCCAGCUUGACUCAAACUUGGGGCGAAUCCCCAAGAUUCCAACAUUUAGUGGCCAGGAACAAAAGGGCGAUGUCAGCUUUAAUGUAUGGAGGUAUGAGGUGCGUUGCCUGUUAAAGGACGUUAGUCUCCCUGAGACGGUGCUGUUACAAGCGAUAAGGCAGUCCUUAAAAGGUACAGCUCGAGAGAUGCUGAUACCCUUAGGGGAAACUGCAACAGGUACUGCAAUCCUGAGCAAACUAGAAGGAUUGUAUGGUAAUGUUGAGACGGAUGAAGCGACUCUUCAAAAAUUCUAUACAGAAUCCCAACAAGAAGGUGAGUCAGUAACGGCUUAUGCCUGUAGGUUGGAGACUCUACUCCACGCUUCCAUAGAGAGCGGAUAUAUAGAUAGGGUAGCCAAGGAAACUAUGCUACGGUCGAAGUUUUGGACUUCUUUAAAUGAAAGGUUGAAAACGCAAACUAGAAAUAAGUAUGAGACUAUCAAGUCAUUUGAUAUGCUAGUACGAGAGGUCAGGGCCAUUGAGUUAGAGUUGACAAAUAAUGACAAAGUGAAAAGUUCUGCCAAGAAAGGUCAACAUCAGCCCGUUCAUGCUGAACAGAUGCAAAGCAAAAUCGAAAUUAUGGCUGAACAGCUCACGACAUUGUGUGAGAAAAUAAAGGACCUAGAUUCUAAGGUGAUUGGGUUACAGUCUGACAGUAGGAAUUCAAACAAUUCUAAUAAUUCCAGAUCAGGCAGACAGAACAGGCAGCAGAACAAUUCAGGACCACAGAGAAAUGACAACUCAACUGGGAAGGGAAAAGCAUCUGGACAACAGCCAAAAGAUUAG